AGCCGGGGCCGGGGGGCGGUAAGGGUGCAGCUGCAGACAGAACUUCUCCAGCUCGGCCACCUUCUUCACAACGAGGCCCUGCUGGAGCAGGAGGAAAUCGAAAUCAUGGUGAACAUCCGCCAACUAGUAAUGUUCCUGCUCCACGUUCUGCUGUCCAACUCCAAAAUACCAAUUUUCCCGCCGCGGGCCAGGAGGCGUUGUGCGUCGAAAGGAAAUA